UCCUUUCAUUUCCCCUUCUUUUUAUUCGUUUUUAUUUUUUACUUUAUUUUCCCCCUCUUUCUCUCUCUCUCUCUUUCUCUUCCUCUUCAGUUUCACUCUUCCCAUGGCUUCUUUCUCUUCCUUUCCUUUCCCUUGACUUGUUCCUCAUGGCUGAUCUGACAUGGGUUUUCGAUUUUAUCAUGUCCACUCGUAAUUUCAAGUGAGAUUUUUUUAUUCCCAACUUGUAUCUUUUUUUAAUGGUUCUAGGUUUUGUCUGAAGAUUUCAAGUGAGGGUAUUGAAAAUAGGUAUGGUGAAAACGUUGAAACUAGUGGGAAGUUAGAGUUUUUGUUAGGUUUUUAGAUUUUGGUUAUAUUUGUUUUAUGGUUUUAUGAAGGUAUUUGUAAUGUUGGAAUCAUGGUGAAUAGGUAGUAGGGUUUAGUUGGUUCUUUGUGUUUAUUUUUCAAGUUUAGCUAAGGUGAUAUUGUGAAGUGGGAAUGGUGGGCAAAGAGGAUGCUCCUGUUAAUCCUACUCCUACGGCUCCAUCAUGUCAACUUUCUGGCUCUCGGAAAAUGUUUUGGCGUUCGGCUUCGUGGUCCUCAUCCAGAACCAGUCUUCAAAUUCCUGAAACUGAUAAAGAUAUAGGAGCAGAUACUAAUGUUAUCAAUGGUACUAAUGAUGGACAAGCUCGUCGGUAUCCUCCUCCUCCUCCCUUAACCCCACGUUCGCAACAGAAUUCUAAGGCCAGGUUGUGUUUGCCACCUCUGCAGCCGUUGUCAAUUGCACGGAGAAGUUUGGAUGAGUGGCCGAAGGCUGGUUCUGAUGAUCUUGGUGAGUGGCCACAGCCACCCACACCAAGUGGGAACAAGAGUGGUGAGAGGUUGAAGCUUGACUUAUCAUCGAUUCAGCGGAGUAAUGAUAAGAAUGGCGGGCUUAUGAAAAGGGAAAAGAUUGCUUUCUUUGAUAAAGAAUGCUCAAAAGUGGCUGAACAUAUUUAUCUUGGUGGAGAUGCCGUUGCAAAGGAUAGGGAAAUAUUAAAACAGAAUGGGAUUACUCAUGUUUUGAACUGUGUGGGAUUUGUUUGUCCUGAGUAUUUCAAGGCCGACUUUGUGUACAGAACUCUGUGGUUGCAAGAUAGUCCAUCAGAGGAUAUUACUAGCAUACUUUAUGAUGUUUUUGAUUAUUUUGAGCAUGUUAGGGAACAAAGUGGAAGAGUUUUUGUUCAUUGUUGCCAGGGGGUAUCAAGGUCCACAUCACUGGUGAUAGCGUAUCUUAUGUGGAGAGAGGGACAGAGUUUUGAUGAUGCCUUUCAGUAUGUGAAGGCUGCAAGAGGAAUUGCAGAUCCAAAUAUGGGUUUUGCUUGCCAGUUGUUACAGUGUCAAAAAAGGGUUCAUGCUUUCCCGUUGAGCCCUAGUUCCUUACUGAGGAUGUAUAGAAUUGCGCCUCAUUCACCUUAUGAUCCUUUGCAUCUAGUCCCUAAAAUGCUGAAUGAUCCAUCCCCUUCUGUACUGGAUUCUAGAGGUGCAUUUAUUGUUCAGAUACCUUCUGCAGUAUAUAUUUGGAUUGGUAAAAACUGUGAAUCUAUAAUGGAAAGGGAUGCACGAGGAUCUGUAUGUCAGAUUGUUCGGUAUGAGAAAGUGCAGGGGCCUUUAAUGAUGAUAAAGGAAGGAGAGGAACCAAUCAAUUUUUGGAACUCCUUUUCAAAUAAUUUACCUUUGAUGGACAAAUCUGGAAAUAUAGUUGGGGUGGGGGAGUCAGCAGUUAAGAUUUGCCCUGGUAAGAGGAAAGUGGAUUCUUAUAAUGUUGAUUUUGAGGUUUUCGAGAAGGCUAUAAAGGGAGGUAUUGUUCCUCCAUUUGCUUCAUCGGAGAAUGAACAUGAAACCCACCUUCCUGCCAGAGAAAGCAGUUGGAGCAUGCUUAGAUGUAAGUUUGCCUCUGUCAUAAUGAAGGACUUUGUCUCUGCACCAAAGAUAUUGCUAUCCAGGAUUUAUUCAGAUUCCAUGAUGAUAGUUCGUUCAUCAUCACCAUCGUCAACAUCGUCCUCUUCGUCUUCCUCCCCUCUGUAUCCCUCUCCUGAUUCCAGUAGUUGUUCAACCUACUUUUCAGAGUCCUCUCUGGAUUCACCUUCAGCUGUUUCAAAUUCUUCUCAAGUUUCAUCACCUUUGCAUGGUUUUUCCGAAUUGUCUUAUGUUUCAUCACAAACUUCUUCACACCCCACGUCUAAUAGCUCAGGGUUUGUCAGUGUCAGUCUCACUUCUCAACCUCAGGCUGCAUCUUCGCCCCUAAAAAAGGUUUCAACAUUCCUUGCAGAAAGGCGAGGCAGUUUAUCAAAGUCUCUCAAGCUGCCAGUGCCGAGUGAUAAUGUACGAGAAACAAGUGAUCGGUCAUCUUUUCUUGUCAAGAAAGUCAGGGACAGGAGAAAUGACAAUACUAGUUCAUCUUGUGAGUCUGAUAUUGAAAUUGUCUUUGAUUCCAAGCAUGGUGUGGGAAAUGGAGGGGAUGUUGUGAUUGAAGGCUCCAAUUUGAAGAUAUCUCCAUGUAGAAUAGCUAAUAUUGAUCCACAUGAUAAGAGAUCUACUUUUGUUAGUACAUAUGAACCUCAAAAAAUUCAUUCUCCCCAGGAUGGUUUUGUUUUAAUGGAGGAAAGUUUUCCAGCAUGUCCUGGUGUAAUUCAACCUUUAGUAUGGCGCUGGCCCAGUAUAGACAAGAUGACAAAAUUUAAUAGAAGUGAUCUAGAUUCAAAAUCUGCUUUUGCAAUUUUUUCUCCAGCUACAGCUGUAGGCAAAAAUGAAGAUAGGAUUCUGUACUUUUGGAUAGGGAAGUUUUAUCAUCAUGAAAAAAGCUUGAUUCAGUUAGAUAGCAGGCAGGUGCUAAGGGAUAGAGAUGAUAUUGACUGGAACCAAGUUGGUUAUGAUGUUCUAACUCAAGUGGGUCUGCCAGAGGACAUCCUUGUGAAGAUUGUCAAAGAAGAUGAAGAACCAACAGAAUUUCUUGAGUUGCUGAGGACAUUUUAGCUCUGCUGCAAUUAAGGAGAAACCUACAAGCCAAUAGAUUUUAUAAAUCAUCUUCCCGUUUCUUCAAAUGGCUUAAUUUUGCUCUGGAAUUUCAGGCAUCAAGCCUAGUUCCCAUGGCAAAACCAAUGUGGUAACAGCUCUUUGGAAGGAUCCUGUGGCAAUUCACCCUGGUUGUACAGCAUCGUUAACACCGCCAUAACUGUUAGUCAUUUGUUUCACAGACUGUUAUUGUAUAUUAAGUGUUGGUAGAAUCAUUUGUUCCAGACAAAAUAGAUAGCCUGUAAUUUCCCAUCUUUUGGGCUACUUUAUGUCUUCCAGUUCGCACAAACUGUUCAAUUCACUACUUUCUGCAUAGGCAGGUUUUAACAGUCAUUUUUCUCUAAAUGCAAAUGCUGGAUUCAGAUCUUAUCUCUCUCUUUCUUUGUUUUGCUUAUAUAAGAUAUAUUGUUCUGCCAUUUUAUGGGCUUGAAAUUUGCCCAUCAGUUCAAGAAUUGAACAUGUUCAAGGUUUUAUGGAUCAAGAAACACAAUCUCUCAAGUAUGGAUAAACUACUUGAAAGUAAGAGUUCUCUUUAGUGAAUGUUCAUUUUGUCCUUUUCAAAUGCCCUUCUAGGAUGACCCGUACUUAAAAAGCCCUUUAUACAAGGAAGCACUAACAGGGUUGGGCAUUCAAUGGAAUUCCCGUUGGCUACUGUAUUCGUGGCAUCCACCACCACCACCACCACCACCAUGAGUUUGAAGCUUCUAGUAGAUGCUAAAGGGAGGAGGGUUCUGUAUGCCAAAGCUACUAUUGUAAGGUUGGCUUGCAUUAAAAGACAUGGUUGAAUGGCUUGCAAAGCUUUAUGAGAGCUGAAAAUUUGAGUGAUACUUGCAUUCAGCCAGCAAUAAACAAGGAUACAUUGUUGAAACAUCUAAAUCUUCAGGCAUACAAAUACAAUCAUCGGCAACACAUAUUAUACUGGUGUUUGAAUGCUCGUAGAGACAUUUGUCGAUUUUAUUAUGAAAGUGAUCUGGCACAUAGUUGCCCUUCUUGCUCUAAUGACAUGAACGACCCUGCAACAUUUGUAAUCCCCCUUCAAGUAAGCUCCCAACUUCAUCUGGUGCAAAAGAGGGUGGCUACGUGAAAGGGCUUGUUAUUUAUAAAGAGAAAGUGGUUACUGUAGGGCAUUAAUGAGAGGAGCAGCAUGAUCCCAUUUGUUUAUAAGUUGCUGUAAGAAACACAGGUUUCAUGGCACUGGUCUGGUUUUUGUUUCAGGGUCUGGAGUUAAUCAAGGCAUCGCCUACAGUCCAAGCCUCUGCCAGCUGAUGUAUUGUUUAAUUGAUUUCAUAUUUUAGAUGUCUCUUGAACUGUUUUGAACUCAAAUGGUUCCUGUUAUUAUGUUGCUUUGAACGAAAAGGCAAACAAGGUUUUCGAAAACCAUUUUCAUUAUAUAAAUUCGGCCACGGAAAUGAUAAUUUCGGGAAGAAAUACUUCAACGAGGGAGAAAUUCAUUGUGUAGAGUUUAGAGGGUACUGUGUUUUAUGAAGAUAACGCAUGAAAAAUAAGGGGAAAUGAGGUUGGUGAAGUGUGUGAAUUGGCAGAAGAACCGUAGAAGCUAGAGAUGAGUAGACUCCCACAUGAGUAAGAAACAUAAAGCAGCGCCCAACAGAUUAAUAUAAAUAAAAGCGCAGGCGAAGGAUAAAAGUACGGAGCCGUGCGGUGAGUACAGAGCGAACUAUUCUUUCGCCUUUUACUAAAGAAUACCGUGUGCUCGCCGCCCAAAGCGGUAUACGCCAGUUUUUGGAAGGUUGGUCCUUUUUUGGAACGCCUCACUAAUUUCUAGUCUUGAAACAUUAUUUAUUUAUUUAUUUAUUGUAUUUAUGAAAUUUUCUCUUGGACGAAAUAUUUGAAACUUUGAAUUUUGUGUGUUUUAA